AUGUCUUCUCUCAAAGGCCCUACCCCUCAGCAGCACGACGGCUCCGGCCUCCGCAUCGGCAUCGUCCACGCCCGCUGGAACGAUUCCGUCAUUGCUCCCCUCGUUGCCGGAGCCAAGGAAAAGCUGCUCGCCUGCGGUGUCAAGGAGUCCAAUAUUGUGGUCCAGUCGUGUCCGGGAUCAUUUGAGCUUCCCUUUGCUGUUCAGCGACUCAACUCUGCCUCUCAGAUCCAAUCCACCUCCGCCGGCGGCCCUUCAGCAACAGACCUACUCGCCUCUUCAACAACAGACCUGACUUCGCUCUCCAGCGGCGCCGCGUCAGGUCCCUUUGACGCCAUCAUCGCUGUUGGCGUCCUUAUCAAGGGUGAAACCAUGCACUUUGAAUACAUUGCCGACGCCGUGUCCCACGGCCUCAUGCGCGUACAGCUAGAUACCGGUAUUCCCGUUAUUUUUGGUGUCUUGACUGUCCUUAGCGAUGAGCAAGCCCAGGCUCGCGCUGGGAUCAAUGGAAAGGGUCACAACCAUGGCGAGGACUGGGGCCUGGCUGCUGUUGAGAUGGGCGUUAAGAGACGGGAGUGGACCCAAGGAAAGAUUGAAGGAUAG